CCUGUGUGGGACUCGAUCCCGGGACCCCGGGAUCAUGACCUGAGUGGAAGGCAGAUGCUUCGUUGACUGACAGGGGACAGGCAUCCCCUGACCUGACCGUUCUUGUCACACCUCUCCCAAGGCUGCCGCGUGGCUCUUGGAAACUGCAGAGGCGAGAGGAGAUGUGUGAUGGGUCCUGACUUUGGGUCCCUUGUUCGGAGGGGUGACGGUCCCAUGUAACCGAGCUUCUUUCCUGGUCACUGGUGGGGGCGUUGGAAGUGACCAAACAGCCUUUCUCUACGGCUCCAUCUGCCGGUUCGGGGUGUGGAUCCCGUCACACUGUCCACGUGGCCUGGCCUUGCUCAGUAGGGUCUGUCCAUCUGUGCACCCUGUCUGGCUGGCCGGUCUGUGUGUACAGACACAUCCCCGGGGAUGUGCAUUUGGUGUUGCUGUGGCCAGGCUGCGGGCUGGGUGGUGGCCCAGACCCCUUCCUGCUCACACGUGUCCUGUCAGUGGAGCGGAGGUGGCAGCCAGCUUGAGAACGGGGGUUCCUUGCGGGGCCGGCACAGUGGCCAGCAGGGCUAGUUCUCCUGGAGUCGGCGGUUUGGGGACACUGUCGGUGUUUUUAAAGAGAAAUGGGUUUCUUUCCGCCACCCCCGGUCUCUGGCUCUUGGUAUGCGUGUGUGAAGGGCGCCCACCUGUGCGCGGGGAGCAUGGCGAUGCCCGCGUGCACACGCGGCUCAGAAGGCCCCCUGGUGGGGCAAGCAUGUGCAGCCUGGCUGCGGACUGUGCAUACCGCAGCGCCCUGCUUGGGCAGUUGGUACGUCAGGCGCGGCGAGAGGUCGGGCGAGAACACGUGCAGCGACACACGGGGACGCAAGUGCUGCCGUCACGGGGCUCCUGUUCCCACGUGAGGGGUCCCAGCAGGGAGACUGGCGCUGUGGGGUGCAGGGCGAGCUGACUGCUGAGCUGCUGGUGUGCUGGGAGGAGGGUCAUCUGCUCCCGGCUGAACCCAUGGGGCUGUGGUUCCGGGGGCCGGUAUGGGUGUCACAGUCAUGGAGGGCCGCAGGGUAAACGACAGGGCACCCAGCUCCACCUGCGCUGCCGAGGAACCCCGGGUCAGGCUUCCAUGCAGCAUCUGGGAUGUACCGACCCCGAUCGAAACAGGUUUCACGGCAACGCACACCUGCUGGGCGCCUGUGUUCUGCUUCCCAGGCCUCUGCCAUGCAGUGCGUGUGAGGACAGUCACGUGCCUGCCUGUCUGUCCCCGGGGACUGACGGGAGUGUGGCUGUGUGUCUGGAGGGCCUGCCUGGAAGCCGGGGACGGCUCGCUGCCUGCCGGAGCCCCUCAGUCUCAUGAUGAGGGGACUCGGGAAGUGGCUUGGGUGGGGGAACCUGGGCGUGGGCGACCUUCCAAUCUCAUCCCCAGGGUUGGCAGGUGUCUGCCGUUUCGGCCGUGUCUUAGGCCAAGGUAAUAGGGGGCCCUGUGGGGUGAAGAAGGCCUGGGCUCAUGCAGAGUCUGGACUUGUCUGGGGUCCGGCACUGGUCACAUGACCUGCGGCUGAGCACCCGCAAUCUCUCUUCCAGUCGCCACGUUCAGCAUUCUUCCGGGUUGGACAGAUGAGCAACGUGGAGCUAGACGAUGAGCUGCUCGACCCAGAGACGGACCCCCCUCACCCUUUCCCCAAGGAGAUCCCGCACAACGAGAAGCUGUUGUCCCUCAAGUAUGAGAGCUUGGACUACGACAACAGUGAGAACCAGCUGUUCCUGGAGGAGGAGAGGCGCAUCAACCACACGGCCUUCCGGACGGUAGAGAUGAAGCGCUGGGUCAUCUGUGCCAUGAUUGGAAUCCUCACGGGCCUUGUGGCCUGCUUCAUUGACAUCGUGGUAGAGAACGUGGCUGGCAUGAAGUACAAGGUCGUCAAGGACAAUAUCGACAAGUUCACGGAGAGGGGCGGGCUCUCCUUCUCCCUUUUGCUGUGGGCCACGCUGAACUCCGCGUUCGUGCUCGUGGGCUCUGCAAUCGUCGCCUUUGUGGAGCCGGUUGCCGCUGGCAGCGGGAUCCCCCAGAUCAAGUGCUUCCUGAACGGGGUGAAGAUCCCCCACGUGGUCCGGCUCAAGACCCUCGUGAUCAAAGUGUCCGGCGUGAUCUUGUCCGUGGUGGGCGGACUGGCAGUGGGAAAGGAGGGGCCGAUGAUUCACUCGGGCUCCGUCAUUGCCGCUGGAAUUUCCCAGGGGAGGUCGACGUCGCUGAAGCGAGAUUUCAAGAUCUUUGAGUACUUCCGCAGGGACACGGAGAAGCGGGACUUUGUCUCCGCGGGAGCUGCGGCCGGCGUGUCUGCUGCAUUCGGAGCCCCCGUGGGUGGGGUCCUGUUCAGCCUGGAGGAGGGUGCCUCGUUCUGGAACCAGUUCCUGACGUGGAGAAUAUUCUUUGCUUCUAUGAUUUCCACGUUCACCCUGAAUUUCGUUCUGAGCAUUUACCAUGGAAACAUAUGGGACCUGUCCAGCCCAGGGCUUAUCAAUUUUGGGAGAUUUGACACAGAGACGAUGGUGUACACGAUCCACGAGAUUCCCAUCUUCAUCGCCAUGGGCGUAGUGGGUGGUAUUCUUGGCGCCGUGUUCAAUGCCUUGAAUUACUGGCUGACAAUGUUUCGAAUCAGGUACAUCCACCGGCCCUGCCUCCAGGUGAUCGAGGCCAUGCUGGUGGCCGCAGUGACGGCCACGGUCGCCUUCGUGCUGAUUUACUCAUCCCGAGACUGCCAGCCCUUGCAGGGGAGCUCUGUGUCCUACCCCCUCCAGCUCUUCUGUGCAGACGGCGAGUACAACUCCAUGGCCGCCGCCUUCUUCAACACCCCGGAGAAGAGCGUGGUCAGCCUCUUCCACGACCCCCCAGGCUCCUACAACCCCAUGACGCUCGGCCUUUUCACCCUGGUCUACUUCUUCCUGGCCUGCUGGACCUAUGGGCUGACGGUGUCCGCCGGUGUCUUCAUCCCAUCGCUGCUCAUCGGGGCCGCCUGGGGCCGGCUCUUUGGCAUUUCACUGUCCUACGUUACAGGGGCUGCGAUCUGGGCAGACCCUGGCAAAUAUGCCCUCAUGGGAGCAGCUGCCCAGCUGGGUGGGAUUGUGAGGAUGACCCUCAGCCUGACUGUCAUCAUGAUGGAGGCCACCAGCAACGUGACGUAUGGCUUCCCCAUCAUGCUGGUCCUGAUGACCGCCAAGAUCGUGGGCGACAUCUUCAUCGAGGGCCUGUACGACAUGCACAUCCAGCUGCAGAGCGUGCCUUUCCUGCACUGGGAGGCUCCCGUCACCUCUCACUCGCUCACCGCCAGGGAGGUGAUGAGCACACCGGUCACCUGCCUGCGGAGGAGGGAGAAGGUGGGCGUCAUUGUGGACAUUCUCAGCAACACAGCGUCCAAUCACAACGGGUUUCCUGUGGUGGAAUUUGCUGGCGACAACCAGCCGGCCCGGCUGCAGGGCUUGAUCCUGCGCUCCCAGCUCAUCGUCCUCCUGAAGCACAAGGUGUUCGUGGAGCGCUCCAGCAUGGGCCUGGUGCGGCGGCGGCUGAGGCUGAAGGACUUCCGAGACGCCUACCCACGCUUCCCGCCCAUCCAGUCCAUCCACGUGUCGCAGGACGAGCGCGAGUGCACCAUGGACCUCUCGGAGUUCAUGAACCCCUCGCCCUACACGGUGCCCCAGGACGCGUCCCUCCCGCGCGUGUUCAAGCUGUUCCGGGCUCUCGGCCUCCGGCACCUGGUGGUAGUGGACAACUGCAACCAGGUGGUUGGACUGGUGACCAGGAAGGACCUGGCCAGGUACCGCCUCGGGAGGGGGGGCCUGGAGGAGCUGGCCCUGGCCCAGACGUGAGCCCCGCCCCCCGCGCCCCCUCGCUCCCUGGGGCAGCGGUGGAUGCGGCAUCCCCCAGUACUCGGGGCACGCGUGUGUCUGUGUGUCUGUGCGCGUGUGAGA